UUACUGGGAAGCUGGAUGAUACGUCCCACCAUGUGGUUCAUUUUCUUAGUUGCAUUGUUUUUCAACCUGCUAGUCAUUUUAACAACCUUCACAUCUUGUACAUCACGACCUUCCUCCAAGUUGUUCAUAGGCUUGAUUUCUGUGUCUAACUUCUUCAUGGGAAUCUAUACUGGCAUCUUAACUUUUCUUGAUGCCGAAUCCUGGGGCAGAUUUGCUGAAUUUGGCAUUUGGUGGGAGACUGGCAGUGGCUGCAAAGCAGCUGGGUUCCUUACAGUUUUUUCCUUAGAAAGUGCCAUAUUUUUAUUAAUGUUAGCAGCUGUUAAAAGAAGCUUAUCUGCAAAAAAUAUCAUGAAAAAUGGGAAAAGCAAUCAUCUCAAGCAGUUCCAGAUUGCGGCCCUUUUUGCUUUUCUGGGUGCUGCAGUAUCAGGCUGUUUCCCCCUUUUCCAUAGAGGGGAAUAUUCUGCAUCACCCUUGUGCUUGCCAUUUCCCACAGGAGAGAUGCCAUCAUUAGGAUUUACUGUGAUGUUAGUGUUUUUAAACUCACUAGCAUUUUUAUUAAUGGCCGUCAUCUACACUAAACUUCACUGCAACUUGGAAAAAGAAGACCUCUCAGAAAACUCACAGUCUAGCAUGAUUAAGCAUGUUGCUUGGCUAAUUUUCACCAACUGCAUCUUUUUUUGCCCUGUUGCAUUUUUAUCAUUUGCACCAUUGACCACUGCAAUCUCUAUCAGUCCUGAAAUAAUGAAGUCUGUUACUCUGAUAUUUUUCCCAUUGCCUGCUUGCCUAAAUCUGGUCCUGUAUGUUUUCUUCAAUCCAAAAUUUAAAGAAGACUGGAAGUUACUGAAGUGACACGUUACCAAGAAAAGUGGAUCAGUUUCAGUUUCCAUCAGUAGCCAAGGUGGUUGUGUGGAACAGGAUUUCUACUAUGACUGUGGCAUGUACUCACACUUGCAGGGUAACCUGACUGUAUGUGACUGCUGUGAAUCUUUUCUUUUGACAAAGCCAGUAUCAUUCAAACACUUAAUAAAAUCACACAGCUGUCCUGCAUUGGCAGUGGCUUCUUGCCAAAGACCAGAGGGAUAUUGGUCUGAUUGUGGCACACAGUCAGCCCAUUCUGACUAUGCAGAUGAAGAAGACUCCUUUGUCUCAGACAGUUCUGACCAAGUGCAGGUGUGUGGACGAGCCUGCUUCUA